AUGCUCACCUUCACGGACCUCUCCUGCCCGGCCGCCAGCGCCGAGGACCUGGCGCCCGGCUCCGUCGACUCCCAGCUCUGGCUGGCCUGCGCGGGGACCAUGUGCACCGUGCCGCCCGUCGGCGCCGCCGUCGUCUACUUCCCGCAGGGCCACGCCGAGCAGGCCACCGCCGCCGUCGACCUCUCCGCCGCGCUCGUCCCGCCGCUCAUCCCCUGCCGCGUCGCCGCCGUCCGCUUCAUGGCCGACGCGCACACCGACGAGGUCUUCGCCAAGAUCCGCCUCGUCCCGCUCCGCCCGGGCGACGCCGUCGUCGACGUGGGCCCCGCCGCCGCCGCCGCGCACGACCAGCACCAGGACGACCCGCGGCCCAGCAACAAGCCCGCGUCUUUCGCCAAGACGCUGACGCAGUCCGACGCCAACAACGGCGGCGGCUUCUCGGUGCCCCGCUUCUGCGCCGAGACCAUCUUCCCGGCGCUCGACUACGGCGACGAGCCGCCCGUCCAGAACAUCUUCGUCAGGGACGUGCACGGCGAGGAGUUCAAGUUCCGGCACAUCUACCGGGGCACCCCGCGCCGCCACCUCCUCACCACGGGGUGGAGCAACUUCGUCAACCAGAAGAAGCUCCUCGCAGGGGACUCCAUCGUCUUCCUCCGCAGCGAGGCCGGCGAGGUCCACGUCGGCGUCCGCCGCGCCAAGCGCGUCUUCUGCACCGACGACGCACACUCCGGGUGGGACCACUACAGGGGCCUCAUGCGCGGCGGCAAUGCCACAUCCGCCGCCGGCGACGCCAAGGGGAAGGUCCCCGCCGAGGACGUGGUCGCGGCCGCCAGGCUGGCCGCCGCCGGGCAGCCGUUCGAGGUGGUCUACUACCCGCGGGCGAGCACCCCGGAGUUCUGCGUGCGCGCCAGCGCGGUCAGCGCCGCCUUGCAGGUGCACUGGUGCGCCGGCAUGCGCUUCAAGAUGGCCUUCGAGACCGAGGACUCGUCAAGGAUCAGCUGGUUCAUGGGCACCGUCGCCGGAGUACACGCCGCCGACCCCAUACGAUGGAAGAACUCGCCAUGGCGGCAACUCCAGGUGAGCUGGGACGAGCCGGAGCUCCUCCAGAACGUGAAGCGCGUGUGCCCGUGGCUGGUGGAGCUGGUGUCCAGCAUGCCCAACCUGCACCUGCCGUCCUUCUCGCCGCCGCGCAAGAAGCAGCGGAUCCCGUCCUACGCCGACUUCCCCUUGGACGGGCAGCUCUUCCACCCGCCGCCGCCGUUCCCUCCCAACCACCCGCUGGCGCACGACCAGCUGAUGCACCACCACAGCUUCCCCGUCUUCCCCUUCCCGACCAACGGUGGUGCUCCUCUCGCAGGCGUACAGGGAGCCAGGCAUCCGCAAUUCCCUCCGUCCUUUCCGGAUCUCCGCGUCACCAACCUGCAGCAGCCGAGCCUGCCCUACUCCGGCAUCCGCCGCCCCGCCGACGAGCACGUCGACACAGGGAUCAGCACGGUCCUGACGAUCGGCACGUCGCCCGUCCGCGAAGACGACGCGGCGUGCAUUUUGCCCAAGAAGGCCUUCGACGCGGUCAAGGCGCCGCCGCCGACGACGCUGCACCUGUUCGGGCAGGCGAUACUGACGGAGGAGCAGAUGAAAUCCAGCGGCAGCUGCGGGUCGCCCAACUGGGAGGCCGAGAAGGUCUCCGAGGAAGGGUCCGGGUCCGGCGUGAUCCAGGGCAGCCCGAGCAACAACAACAACAACACCUCCUCGUGGAGGCUCGGGGACAGCAGCAGCCACUCGUCGUCCGAGCUCGGGCUGGAGCCCGGGCAGUGCAAGGUGUUCGUGGAGUCGGACGCCGUGGGCCGCAACCUCGACCUGUCGGCGCUGAGCUCGUUCGAGGAGCUGUACGCCCGCAUGUCCGACAUGUUCGGCAUCGACGGCGCCGAGCUGCGGAGCCACGUGCUCUACCGCGGUGCCGCCGGCGAAGCCAAGCACGUCGGCGACGAGCCUUUCAGGGCGUUCGCGAAAUCGGCUCGGAGGCUGACGAUCCUGGCGGACGCCGGCAGCGACAACAUAGGGAGCAGCUAGAGAGAAAGCAAUGGUUCAGCCGAAUAACUUAUAUUAGGUCGCCGGCCACCAUUAGUCCUUGUCAGUGAGCAAUAAGCCGAACUGGUACUACUAGAUGUACAGCUGAAUUGUGAGCUGUGGCUGUUUCUUCAGUGUCGAGUUAGCUCGUUUUCAUUCCUUCACGUUCCCUUUUAUUUUUGCUCGUCAUCGUAGCCAAUACUAUGCAAUAGAAUAUCUCCUCAAUGUACUUGUCAUGAUCGUCGAAUGUCAUGAUGUACUUCCCGGACGUACUGGCCUGGAGUAGUAUUUGAUUUCCAGCAUCGCGCCGCUGGUUCAGUGAAUUGAAUGCGCUUGUUGUC